GCCGCACUCGCGGAGGAUGCAGCAGCGGCGGCGGCGGCAGCAGCCACAGCAGCGGCGCGGAGUCCCCUGCGCCCCGCGGCCCGGCCGGGCUGCGGCAGAGGCGGCGGCGCCCCGCGCCGGGUGAGGCCACCGAGACCGUGCGCACCGAUCCGUGAGCAGAGAGAGAAGAGGGCAAAGACGCGAGUCGGCCAGCUGCAGCUCCAGACUCCUGCCCCUGCAGGAGACAGAAAAUGGCCCGCCCCAGCCUCCUGCUGUGCCUGCUCUCUGCAGCUGUGCUCCCUCUGCUCGGCGGGAGCUCCUCCUUCCUGUCACACCACCGCCUGAAAGGCAGGUUCCAGAGGGACCGCCGCAACAUCCGCCCCAACAUCAUCCUGGUGCUCACCGACGACCAGGACGUGGAGCUCGGUUCCAUGCAGGUGAUGAACAAGACCCGGCGCAUCAUGGAGCAGGGCGGGGCGCACUUCAUCAACGCCUUCGUGACCACGCCCAUGUGCUGCCCCUCGCGGUCCUCCAUCCUCACCGGGAAGUACGUGCACAACCACAACACCUACACCAACAACGAGAACUGCUCCUCGCCCUCCUGGCAGGCGCAGCACGAGAGCCGCACCUUCGCCGUGUACCUCAACAGCACCGGCUACCGCACAGCUUUCUUCGGGAAGUACCUGAACGAAUACAACGGCUCCUACGUGCCCCCGGGCUGGAAGGAGUGGGUCGGCCUCCUCAAAAACUCGCGCUUCUACAACUACACGCUCUGCCGGAACGGGGUGAAGGAGAAGCACGGCUUCGACUACUCCAAGGAUUACCUCACAGACCUCAUCACCAACGACAGCAUCAGCUUCUUCCGCACGUCCAAGAAGAUGUACCCACACAGGCCCGUGCUGAUGGUCAUCAGCCACGCAGCCCCCCAUGGCCCCGAGGACUCGGCCCCCCAGUACUCGCGCCUCUUCCCCAACGCCUCGCAGCACAUCACGCCGAGCUACAACUACGCGCCCAAUCCCGACAAGCACUGGAUCAUGCGCUACACGGGGCCCAUGAAGCCCAUCCACAUGCAGUUCACCAACAUGCUGCAGCGGAAGCGCCUGCAGACCCUCAUGUCGGUGGACGACUCCAUGGAGACGAUCUACAACAUGCUGGUGGAGACGGGCGAGCUGGACAACACCUACAUCGUGUACACCGCCGACCACGGCUACCACAUCGGCCAGUUCGGCCUGGUGAAGGGCAAGUCCAUGCCGUACGAGUUCGACAUCAGGGUGCCGUUCUACGUGCGGGGCCCCAACGUGGAGGCUGGCUCGCUGAAUCCCCACAUCGUCCUCAACAUCGACCUGGCUCCCACCAUCCUGGACAUCGCCGGUCUGGACAUCCCCUCGGAUAUGGACGGGAAAUCCAUCCUGAAGCUGCUGGACACGGAGCGGCCGGCGAAUCGGUUUCACUUGAAAAAGAAGAUGAGGGUCUGGCGAGACUCCUUCCUGGUAGAGAGAGGCAAGCUGCUGCACAAGAGGGACAGCGACAAGGUGGACGCCCAGGAGAACUCCCUGCCCAAGUACCAGCGCGUGAAGGACCUGUGCCAGCGGGCCGAGUACCAGACGGCGUGCGAGCAGCUGGGGCAGAAGUGGCAGUGUGUGGAGGACGCCACGGGGACGCUGAAGCUGCACAAGUGCAAGGGCCCGGCGCGGCCCAGCAGCAGAGCCCUGUCCAACCUGGUGCCCAAGUACUACGGGCAGGGCGGCGAGGCCUGCGCCUGUGACGGCGGCGGCGGGGACGACCAGCUCAGCCUGGCCGGGCGCCGGAAGAAGCUCUUCAAGAAGAAGUACAAGGCCAGCUACGUCCGCAACCGCUCCAUCCGCUCUGUGGCCAUCGAGGUGGACGGCGAAGUGCACCACAUAACCCUGGACGAGGCACCCCAGCCCCGCAACCUGACCAAGCGGUACUGGCCGGGGGCCCCUCGGGACCAGGACGACAAGGACGGUGGGGACUUCAGUGGCACUGGAGGCCUUCCGGACCCGUCAGCUCCCAACCCCAUUAAAGUCACACACCGGUGCUACAUCCUGGAGAACGACACGGUCCAGUGUGACCUGGACCUGUACAAGUCCCUGCAGGCCUGGAAGGACCACAAGCUGCACAUCGACCACGAGAUCGAAACCCUGCAGAAUAAAAUCAAGAACCUGAGGGAAGUCCGAGGUCACCUGAAGAAAAAGCGACCGGAAGAAUGUGACUGUCACAAAGUCAGUUACUACACCCAGCACAAAGGCCGACUCAAGCACAAAGGCUCCAGUCUGCAUCCUUUCAGGAAGGGGCUGCAGGAGAAGGACAAGGUGUGGCUGCUGCGGGAGCAGAAGCGCAAGAAGAAACUUCGCAAGCUGCUGAAACGGCUGCAGAACAACGACACGUGCAGCAUGCCGGGCCUCACGUGCUUUACCCACGACAACCAGCACUGGCAGACUGCACCCCUCUGGACACUGGGGCCCUUCUGUGCCUGCACCAGCGCCAACAACAACACGUACUGGUGCAUGAGGACAAUCAACGAGACCCACAACUUCCUCUUCUGUGAAUUUGCCACCGGCUUCCUCGAGUACUUCGAUCUCAACACAGACCCCUACCAGCUGAUGAACGCAGUGAAUACACUGGACAGGGACGUCCUCAACCAGCUACACGUGCAGCUCAUGGAGCUGAGGAGUUGCAAGGGUUACAAGCAGUGUAACCCCCGGACACGGAACAUGGACCUGGGACUUAAAGAUGGAGGAAGCUACGAGCAAUACAGGCAGUUUCAGCGUCGAAAGUGGCCAGAAAUGAAGAGACCUUCUUCCAAAUCACUGGGCCAACUGUGGGAAGGCUGGGAAGGCUAAGCAGCCUGCGACGGACCUCCCAUAGCAGAGGCAACGUCUGGCUGUACAGACAGUGCAAACCGCUGUAUGACUUCAAGCAGACCUGCGCUGUCAGCCAGGAGGCCUGCGAGACAGACCCUGCUUUCAGUCAACAGGGCAAAUUCUGGAAGGGCACCGCCAGGAGUGGUGUGCGAUGCUUCGGGAAGUCCGUUUCCGCCCCUGCUUUUGCUUUGGAUUAUACCUCGCCGGCUACACAAAAUGCAUUUCAUGUCAGAAAGUCACCACUAACCCUCUCCGAGAGGCUCACAAGAGGAAAAACACAGAUUAUUAUACCUUUUUUUUUUUGGCAAUUUCCCCAAAGGGUGGAAAGACACUGGAAUUUUUUUAAGUCAUAGGGGAAGAACAACCCUGUUUAAAUCCUCUCACCUUCCUCCCGGUUUGUCACGGAGAAGGACUACGCAGCAGGCCAGAGGCAACGUGCGGACGCUGGGGAGGAGCCCAGUCCAGCCGGGAGCCGCUGGCACAGGAGACGUGCCGCUCACCCAGCACUGCCCCCCCGGCUGCCCGCGAAGUAACUGACUUCACUGUAUAUACGCGACUCUCUACAUGUAACCAGUGCGGAACUUCCAGGGGAACCCAGCGACGAGGAGACCCCGUUCUCAGGAGCGGGGGCGCCGGUGAACACUCCCUGGACAGCUGCGAGAACAGCCCUUGCAGCGUGGGCCUUUCCGCGCCUGCCCAGACACUGCUUCUCCCACUGUCCUUUCGUUCUCUCCCCCAAAAGUAAUGUCUUUUCAAGUACCGAAAAGGAAUGAAGUUCAUGUACGUCCCAAGUUUUAAUGAAAUUGUAUUUGUAAAGAAAUUUUGUAGUCUAAGUACUGUCAAACAAUGUUCAAAACUCCAGCCAGUGACCAGCGGUUGGUAUGAGGUAACCCUUGACAUUUUGUAAAAGGCCAUCCUUGAGAGAUUUUUACUUUGAUUUCUUAAAAA